AUGGCAUCCAACGGAGCUGUAUCUGACGGCAAGACCCACAAGUUCAACCCGCACUUCACAGAAGCGGUCAUCAAUGCCACAGGCCCAAAAGCCACCCCUCGGGUACGACAGCUCACCUCGAGCUUGAUCCGCCACUUGCACGACUUUGCGCGCGAGAACGAGCUUACGGUGGACGAAUGGAUGUCAGGAGUGGAGCUUCUCAAUGAAGCUGGCCGCAUGUCGGAUGACCGUCGUAACGAAGGUCAACUCGUGUGCGAUGUAUUGGGUCUCGAAUCACUAGUCGACGAGAUAACAUACAAGCUCACAUCCGAUGCGGCUGAUGAGCCUACUGCCACGGCGAUUCUUGGUCCAUUCUGGCGAAAGGAUGCACCGAUUCGAGACAUGGGAGACACGAUUGUGUCUGGGAUCGAAGGAAAAGGGGACAGAACAUGGAUGCAUGGCAGCGUCAGCGAUUUCAAGACCGGGCAGCCGAUCUCUGGUGCUGUUCUGGACGUGUGGCAUACAGCUCCUAAUGGUCUGUAUGAACAACAAGACUCCGGUCAGGAAGACAUGAACCUCCGAGGCCGAUUCACCACCGGGGAGGAUGGGAAAUACAACUUCUACUGUUUGAGGCCUGUGCCGUAUCCUAUUCCCUUCGAUGGGCCUGCAGGAAAGAUAUUGCAAGCGCUGGACAGACAUCCCAUGCGCCCGGCUCAUAUACACUUUAUUCUUUCGGCGCCAGGUUACAAGCCGAUCGUGACGCAGAUUUUCGACCGCAACAGCAAGUAUAUCGAAGACGAUGCAGUCUUUGCGGUCAAAGACUCAUUGUUGGUGGAUUUCAAGCCAAUCCAGGGGGAUGAGAAGGCCGAUCUGGAGCUGCCUUAUGACUUCAGAAUGGCAACGUUUGAAGACGCAAAGCAGCAGUCUGCGCUGACUGGUACAACGGAACAGAGCGCAUCGCUAUAG